GGAGGGAGGACAGGCCGUCUUGCAGGCUGAAGGCAACAAGCACUCUGGACAGAGCAGCGCUGCAGGCAGAGACCCAGGGAGCUAAAGGCAGCUCCUGGCGGGCUGCAGGGAUCUGCACGCUGAGGCCCUGAGACAAGGGCAAAGAGGGAGCUGGGGCUGCAGGGAAGUGGCCCAGGGAGAUCUACAGAGGAGUCGGAAUGGAUGCAGCAAAUGCCAGCCAUCUACAGGGUCCCUGGGCCGGGACCCGCAGUAGUGGGUGGGCCCGGGUCCCCCCUGACCCCACUCACCCUUGAGGAAGUGACUGGACUGAGGGACUGCGAUACUGUCUCCUGGAAGGGGGAAGCACAGAGUGUGACACAGCUGGAGGGCUGGGUCAUGGAGAGGACACACUGGUCCUUGGAGCGACAUGGGUCCAGGAGCAGAAGUGCCGGUGGCAAGACAUCACCAGAAGAAGGCACACUGGCAAACAGAGCGAAUCCCCUGGACAGCCAGCAAGAGGCGCCACAGUGGUGAGUCGAACCCGAUCACAGAUGGUGAAGAAUACGGGCAUUCAGUCACCCCUGAGGGAAGGGGACUGAGUGGGAGACUCAGAGACCGUCUGAGGCUACCCUGAUACAAGGGGAAUUUGAAAGACUGUUUGAGAGACAGUAAGCGUGUAGAGACAAUGGAGCCGCAAUAUGCAGAAAUAUGUUUUGCUGAGGGUUUAUAUACCCUCCUGGACUGGACUCCAAAGUCGGGACCCGUGCAAAAAGGGGGCUGAUGAGCAGCAAGGGCAGCUUCGGCUCCUGCUGCUGCAGGUACUCAGGACCCAACAGAGACAGUGGGAGGCACAGGAGUGCUUGUGGACCUAUAUGUCUCAGCUGAGCUCUGACAAAGGGGGACAUGAUGAUUCCUUCAAGGGCAGUUUGUUGAGGGACACAAUGAAAAAAAUUCAAGGGUGCUGUUGGCAUCCCCGGAGCAGCUGCAGACGGUGAUGCCCCACCCCUGAGCCUGAGAAAGAAGCCCUGACUGGCACCAUCACAUCAGUAUGCAGGCUUGGGCCAAUGAGCAGCGGCCGCAGAGCUUUCGGAUCUGCCCAGUUAUGUUCCUGGACUGGGCAGAGCUCUCGCCCCAGCCCUCCUGCACAGGGACCCCGGAGCGGGAGCUGCCCUGACAGUGGAGACACAAAUGGCGAUCGCACUGUGGAAACUCACACGGUCGGAUUGCUGCUGGUCUGUGGGAAAUCAUUUGGGUGUUGGAAAAUCCACCAUGGGGCUUUUAUUAGUUGUCUCCUGCUCCGCAGGACUGUGACGCGGGAACACCCAGGACAGGCUAUAGAGGCAGAAGCAGCUGCCCCAAUGGCCGAGGUUUUUCUCAUGUCUGUGGCCUUGAGUCUCCCAUAAUCUUCACUCACAUGUUAGAGAGCUCUGAUCAGUCAUUCAUACCAACCUACACCUGCGUCCAGGCAUCCAACACCUAGCCCUUGCCCCAGAGAGGACCUUACCCUAGUGGGUAGCUGUACACAUGGGUGGGGAAACUGAGUCACCCCUAGUGUUCCUGAAACUCUAUUUCCUCCACCACCAUUCUCCGCAAAUGGAUGGACUAGAAAAGACAGAUCGGGAGGAGGGACUGCUGUUCUUCCUGUAUAAAGCAGAGGCAACAGCAUCCCCAGAUCAGCUUAGUUCUUGUCAGUCAGAUCGGCUGGAUCAACUUGAGACGAGCCUUGGAACUUGAAAUCAACCAUGGCCGUCCCGAGCCAUGAAAUGUGGCCAAGGAACAAAGCAACCAAGACUGGCCCCGGGGACUUAGCGACACCAGUGAAGACGGAGGCUCUAACCCUGGACCCAGACACGGCCCAUCCUCUGCUGGAGAUCCUAGCGGACGGGAAGGAGGUGAGAUGUGGGAGUUUUAAGAAGACCGCCAUCUCCGACCCAAGGCGAUUUGACACAGCCAACUGUGUAGUGACCCAUCAGGGCUUCAGCGCGGGGCAGCACUACUGGGAGGUGUUCGUGGGCCGGAAGCCGCGCUGGAACCUGGGUGUCAUCUCGGAGCGAGCGGAGAGACGGGGCAGAUUGAUCCAGAUGAAAUCCUUAUGGCCGGGGUCUGGUGAGGUCUGCACUGAGGGCUACUGGCUCAUCGGCUAUGACCAACGGAAGGCCGGGAAGCCGUACUGGGCGUUUGACACCAAUCCGAUGGCCUUUGACUGCAGCCUCCACCCUGAGACCAUCGGGGUCUAUCUUGAUUACACAGACAGGGAAGUGACCUUCUACAACGCCGAUGACCCCAGUAAUUUGAUCCCCCUGUACUCCUUCUAUCAUGCUGCUUUCAAUGACACCCGUGUCUACCCCGUCUUCGACCCCUGCUGGCACAACAAUGGGAGCAACACCCAGCCCCUUAAAAUCCUGUGAGUGGCUGAUUCGCUAGUGGGGGUGGGGACCAAAGCAGUCCCAGCCUUGGGGCUACCAGCUUAUACCUCUGGCUAGCCAGCUUCAUAGCACUGCUCUGAGAGCCGCACGAACCUCACCCAGCGACCAGGGAAAGCCGGCACGUUUAGCUCAGGCCUGGUCUACACGGGGGUGGGGGGGUGGGUGUCGAUGUAAAAUACGCAACUUCAGCUACAGGAAUAGUGUAGC